UGUAGAGUAGAUGUUAGGGCAGCCAUCAUUCUACCUAAUUCAUGUCCAACCCGAAAUGGGAAAGAGAUGCGAGGAUUGGAGAAGCUAAAACGAACAGCAAUGUAAUUCCUUGGGGAGGUUGUUUAACUAAAGUACUGUGGCCUUUUCAAUCAUUUCCACUGGCUCUUUGGUUUGACAAGAAAACGUUUGCCGAGUUGGGCACGAAGCAUCGCCUGUGAGACGGGCACUCUGGAUUGGCUGGGAAAGAAUCAUUCUCUGGAGAUGGAGUGGUGGGCACAGCAAAAAACCAACUGACUUGCUUUGCGCUCAAUAAAAAGAAAAAAGAGAGGGGGAAAAAAAGAAAUUGUGGGGGAGGCCUGGGUGACGAACACUGACUCAGGAGUGGGAAGUUCUGUGUGUGUGUGUGUGUGUGUCCCAACCUCCCAGGGGAGCAUGGGACAGAGUAUCCCCGGAGGCAUAAAGACCAUUGACAUGAGGGACCCGGCGUUCAGGCCGCUGAAGCUGGAGUUGGCGGCUCUGGACCACACCAAGCCGUCCCGGCUGGACCUGCUGCUGGACAUGCCAGCCGCCGGCCACGAGGUCCAGAUGCGGCACUCCUGGAACAACGAUGACCGCUCCCUCAACAUCUUCGUCAAGGACGACAACCGCCUGGUCUUCCACCGGCACCCCGUGGCCCAGAGCACGGACGCCAUCCGGGCCUGCGUCGGCUACACCCGCGGCCUCCACGUCUGGGAGAUCAGCUGGGCCAUGAGGCAGCGUGGGACCCACGCCAUCGUUGGCGUGGCGACGGGCGACGCCCCCCUCCAUUCCGUGGGCUACACGUCCCUGGUGGGCGACAACCACGAGUCCUGGGGCUGGGAUCUGGGCCGGAACAAAUUGUACCACGACGGGAAGAACCGGCCGAGCAGGACUUAUCCCGCCUUCCUGGAGCCAGACGAGACCUUUAUGGUGCCGGACUCGUUUCUGGUGGUCCUGGACAUGGACGAGGGCACUCUAAGUUACAUAGUGGACGGUCAGUACCUGGGGGUGGCUUUCAGAGGACUCAAGGGCAGGAAGCUCUACCCGGUGGUCAGUGCGGUUUGGGGGCACUGUGAGAUCCGCAUUCGUUAUAUCAACGGGCUUGACCCGGAGCCUCUUCCCCUGAUGGACUUGUGCAGGCGCUCAGUCCGAGUCGCUCUGGGCAGGGAGCGCCUGGCAGAGAUCCACGCUCUGCCUCUGCCAGCCUCCCUCAAAAACUACCUGCUCUACCAAUGACCCUGGGCCCUCAGACUGACGUCCUCACACUUCUGUGUCGAUGGAACAUGGCUAAGAUCCACAGACUCAAUCAAGGACCUCCUUCUCUAGCAGUGGCCACACACACACACACACACACACACACACACACACACACACACACACACACACACACACACACAAUCCAGGGGCUACCCCUGCAGGCCUCAAUCCGGUACUACCGAUGACCCUGUAAAGCUCUGGGAGUCGUCGCAAGGUACACUGUGCCCUCGCUGUCCGCUUGACUGGCUGGAAUACGUACACAGGCCUCGCCCUCUGAUGUGACCUCCAAACUCCUCACGUUCUGUCAUUCCGAUGCCGGCAGCCCAACCAGUCUGACAACACAAACCUCUGCCUGCUGGAGCUGCCUGCAUUAACCAGGCAGCUCCAGAAAGGGGGAGGGGGGGGGGGGGCCGCGUCUAGCGACGCACAAGUAUGUCAGCUGUUCCGGAAUGUGGUUCCGUCGGCUUCCGUAGCCUUUCAAAUGAUCUGCCGGAGCUGGGGUUUUUGAGCUUGGUUGCCAUCAACCUACUGUGACACCGCUUGCUGCGUUUGUUGACCGUGACUUCGGCUUAACGAGCGCAACAGCUGUUUUGAAGCCUGGACUUUUCGGUGAUGGACUGCGUGUUCUGUGUUUCUUAGUGUUGUGUUGCUGGGAACUUGGGAAGUGGUAAGCGGGUGGUUGGUGAUGAUUCAGGUGUUUCUGUUUUAUAUCCUGUUUUUUAAGGCUUACUUUAAUCAUACUGCGACCUGACGUCUGUGAUGGACGUGUCCUGCAGAUGAAACUUAAUGCAGAUUGAUGUCACACCUGAGUGAUGCAUGGUGGGCCGUUAGCAUGUCUGUCUCUGUAAUGAAGUGCAAUGAGCUUGACGGUACGUCUGAAUGCUGUGACCGCAACACCUCUUGAGCGAGUGAGACUCGUCUCUUUUAAUGGAGGGGGGCAUAAAUCAAUCUAAUGGCUGUAUGAAAUUUCCAGUUUUUAAUUGGAUUUAUUGUGUUUUGUUUGUUUGAAUCAAACCUCUCCCUCUAAGUUUGGUGGAUGCUUGGGUAUGUUGAGUAGAUUAAUGUUUCUGAUCCCAGGAAGUUCGGAACAUUCUGAACACAAGAUGGUGCCAUUUGCAGGCAUUUCUCCUUCCACUCUUUUCAAUCAACAAAUGCUAGUCCAUAUACUUCAAAGAUUUCUGAAGUGGUUUUUAAAAAAAAGUUGCUGCUCACUUAACUCACAGAUUCAGGAGUAAUUUUUUUUAUUUUUAUUCAGUAGCUUUUUAUAUAAAUUGACAUCACUGUGAUUACUUGUAAAAACACCAGCAGAUGUUCUCAUUCCCACCGAGGCAAUUCACUCCCUGUACGGUUUCUGAGUCUGACAUGUUAGCCUGUUCCCUGUAUUGUGCGCACUACUUUACAGUCAAAACAAAAUGGUCAUUAAUUUCAUGUGUUCAUACCACUGCUCUCAGCCAAUCACCACUCGGGGGUUCUGAAAGCUGAUUGGUUGAUAUCUUGGUGUAUGAGACCACAUACUGGAGUUGCGUCCUACAGUAAUAAUUGUUGGUCCCUAAUCGUGUUAAGGCUUCCCUGGGUUUUGAGGCGUUGCUGUGUCUGGGGUCUUCAUAGGGGGUCUUGCUGCCCCCCCCCCCAAUUGCAUUAAUUAUACAUGCCACUGCACCUGCAAGGUACUAGUGGUCGCUAACAGUCAUAUUAGACAUUUUCAGCAGUACUUUUAAAAAAAACAUUUUACAUCCAUGUUUGGCCUUGUGCCUGGAAAUGGACAUGUCGCCCACACCCCAUGUGUUUUAUUUACGGUUUGCUUGCAACUGCUCAUUUUGUCUGUAUUCCUAUUGUAGAUGGUUUGUUAGCUACCUAAUAAAAAAAGAUUUGCAAAUUA